AUGAAAAGAUCAUCCGAAGAAGUGAAGGCUCUACGCCUGAUCAAGAGAUUUAAAAAGACAAGUAAGAAUCCAAUUGAUGAGGAAGAUGGAUGUUCUAAAUGUAUAGUAAGGGUUCCGGUGUUCAUGUACGUUUCUCUGGCACCAAUUUAUCAGCAACUACCUAAGGAAGGUAUUAUGAGACAACAUCUUAACGGAAUGGUUAUGAAAUACAAUGCCGAUGUUGGAGGAGUUAUCCUGGGAUAUGAAAACCUAUCGAUUCUUGGUGAAGAACCUACUGAGGAAGAUGAGAAACUGAUGAAGUUAACAGCGGAUACUCCAUUUGCUUUCACUUGGUGUAACGUUGAAGUUAUCGUGUGGCAACCUCAGGUUGGUGAUACCAUUGAAGGUUGGAUUUUCAUCCAAUCUGCGUCCCACAUUGGUCUUUUGAUCCACGAUGCUUUCAACGCAAGCAUUAAAAAAAACAACAUUCCUAAUGAUUGGACGUUCAUUCAUAACGAAGAGACCACUGAAAACGGACAAGACUCUACAGAUGAUAGAAAAUUCCAAUCCCUUGGUCAUUGGGUCGAUGGUAAUGGCCAACAACUCGGUGGUAAACUAAAAUUCAAAGUAAAAAAUGUUUACACUACUGGCAGAAUGGUUUCAUUGGAAGGUACCCUACUUGACGAUUCUGCUAGAGGUUCCCAUUCAGAAGCGGAAAACUUACCUGUAGUUUCAAACAAGAAAAUUGUUUUCGAUGAUGAAGUUUCUAAAGAGAAUACAGAUUCACACAAAGAACUGGAAUUGUCGGUGGUCAAGGAAGAUAAUGGAGAUGAAAUUAUUUAUGAAAAAGACUCCAGUGAUAGCGACAGUAGUGAGAGUGAUUAA